UCAUAUUGCAGCAUUCCUCCUUAAAACAUCGAACAUGUUCUUCCGAAAGUCAUAAGGGAAAGGAAACGGAAACGGUUGAUACGGCAAUUUGACAAUAAUCAUGAGUUCGUAUUUGUCCAUCCAUAAUGACACCGACGACAACUGGUAUAUCAAAUUAUCUUAUGAUCAAAAAGCUGUCAAAGUUGCCGGGACCAUUUUAACCGUCUUUGGCACAGUGGCAUCGGCGGGAGCGCUAGCCUUAAAGGUCAUCGCCGUCAAAGGCGGUAUGGCGGCAGCGGCUACAGCCAUCGGUGCAACAACGACUGUGUUGGACACGUCCCUCUUGUCGGCGUCCAGUAAAACGGUGGAGCUCAUGACGCUGGGAUUGGACGCCAGUGAGGGGCACCAAGCCAAAGAUGGAUCAUACUGCUUACGACCAGGAGAGACAAAGCGGUACAAAAUGAGCCUUUCCUUGUGGCAGCAGUGCAGUGCUGUGCGGUACCGAUUCAAUCCGAGUGACCCCGAGGAGAUCCUCAUUGAGGAGUUAAAGAUGCGGCCUCUCUUCAGUGGGUCGUCGGUUAAUUCGGAGCGGGUGUAUUAUAUAAAGGAACAUCUGGAACAUAAAUUUGCCGAGUUUUCAACGAUUCGCAGAAUACCGCGGCCGGAGCAAUGGAAUACAGCUGAACUGCAGAAGUAAUUUUACAGUUAGUGAGUAAGAUGUGCUAAUUUUGUACAGAUAUACGACAGAGUUCCAGAGCUACCUACAGUUGUGGUCUAUCUGUACCAUAUAUGCAGAAGUGAGGUUUGUGCGUUGUAUCCUAGCCGAGAUCACCCGUCGCUACAAGCUUUUUGUGUUUUGUGAAUACUCGAUGUCAUUUCCUCAUUUAAUUCGCACACUUUCUACUGGUGAAUGAUGUUUUCGAAGCGAGCUGACCGCAUUAUCGCUUAACAUUUACCUAAACAUACUUUUUGCA